CACACACACACACAAGCACACUCACACAAGCACACUCACACACAACCACACUCACACACACACACACACACUCACACAAGCACACUCACACACAAUCACGCUCACACACACUCACACACACGCACACACUCACAGAAUCUGAUGAGACCUGUACUCGGGGCUUCCUUCUCUCAUGAAUCUUGUCUUGUUGCCAUGGACACGCCUCUUGGCAUAAAAAUUAUUUUCAAACUUUCCCUUUUUACCCAGGCACUGAAGAAGAACGUGAAGAAGAAGCUAAGCCCAAGCCAAAAGACAUCCAUCCGUCCAUUAUCUUAACCCACUUAUCCUGAACAGGGAUAACAGGGGGGCUGGAGCCUAUCCCAGCAUACAAGCAUAAAGGCAGGAAUACACCCUGGACAGGUCGCCAGUCCAUCGCAGGCCACACAUACCAUUCACUCACACACUCAUACCUACGGGCAAUUUAGACUCUCCAAUCAGCCUAAUCUGCAUGUCUUUGGACUUUGGGAGGAAACCGGAGUACCCAGAGGAAACCCACGCAGACACAGGGAGAACAUGCAAACUCCACACAGAGAGGCCCCGGCCGACAGGGAUUCGAACCCAGGACCUCCCGCAGAGAUUUCAAUAAUUUGUGUCUAAUGUCUGUUCACCUUUACCUCAGUAAAAGCAAAGAUAGAAUACAAUCAGAGGUGGAAAAUCCAGGUCUAAAAAGUAAAAAGUCCUCCCUAGUAUUUUGUUUCAAUCAUCGGGAUUUGCUAAUUAUCACAAUUCUUCAGCCAGGAGGUAGAACUAAUUAGUGAAAUUAGCAGACUGAUCUAAUGGGUGGAAGAGGACUUUUACUUUCAGACCCCCUAGACUUUCCACAUCUGGAUAAAAUUUUAUUUAGAUAAUUUAUUCUCAAAAAGUAAUUGGUGAACAAGAUCAUCUCAAGAUUAACUGUGAACCACACUAUUCGUUUUUAUCAUUUUAAUUUCCAUUUUUUAAUUUUAAAAGGUUCCAUGUAAAUGCAUGUUGUUGUUGAGGUGGAGGUGGGAGAGGUUAUGUAGUGGCUGAUGGCAGUAUGAGUAAAGCAUCUGAUCUGUCCUCCUCAGACCCAUGUUUGUGCCAGGCUUUGCCCCCCCUAAGAUCCCAGACGGGGAGAAAGUUGACUUUGACGACAUCCACCGUAAGCGCAUGGAGAAGGACCUGAUGGAGCUGCACACCCUGAUCGAGGCGCACUUCGAGGGCCGCAAGAAGGAGGAGGAGGAGCUGGUCAGCCUGAAGGACCGGAUCGAGACACGCCGCUCGGAGCGUGCAGAGCAGCACCGCAUCCGGGCCGAGAUGGAGAAAGAGCGGCAGCACAAGCUGGCGGAGGAGAAGGCCCGGAAGGAGGAGGAGGAGGCCAAGAAGAAAGCCGAAGACGAGGCCAAGAAGAAGAAGGCCCUCACCAACCUGAGCGGCUACGCGCAGCUGGCAGACAAGCGAGGCGGUAAGAAGAUGACGGAGAGAGAGAAGAAGAGGAAGGUUCUCAGCGAGCGACGCAAGGAGCUGAAUAUCGGCCACUUGAACGACGAAAAGCUGAAGGACAAAGCCAAAGAGUUGUGGCACAGGAUGUACGAGCUGGAAGCGCAGAAGUUUGACCUGCAGCACCAGGUCGGCAGGCAGAAGUACGAGGUGGUUGUCCUGAGAAACCGGGUGUCUGAUCAUCAGAAAAUCACGAAGGGAGUGCGGAGCAAGAGGGGCCUAAGGCAGUGACAGAGGCAUCUGCAGUGAAAAAUGCGGAUAAACCGCCCCCGGCGCCCUCCUGCUGCCCCCGACAGCCCAGCAGAGUGCCCCGGGACAGGGCAGAAAUCGCCC